GCUGUUGACCAGUAUUUACUUCGAUGGCCGGACGAUGCCCAUCGAAGCUCUUCCAGAGAGCACCUCACGUGCCAUUGGCUCUACUCUAGUACUCGGAGACGCCAGGUCGGUCGUGAAAGAGCUACUUGAUAAUGCACUCGAUGCUCAAGCUACCUCGAUCAACAUUGAAAUCUCGACUAAUACCCUCGACGUAAUCCAAGUCCGUGACAAUGGAACUGGGAUCGCAGCCCAGGACAGACCUCUCCUUUGCAAGCGUGGUUGCACCUCCAAGAUCCGCUCCUUGAAUGAUCUGAGCCGGCUUGGAGGAACAUUUCUAGGCUUCCGUGGCGAAGCUCUUGCGAGCAUUGUCGAAUUGAGCAAGGCCGUCAUCAUAACCUCUCGUCUACACGGAGAAAUGGUGGGUACGUCUCUAGAGUUUGAUUCCUCGGGCACCUCAAGUUCGUCAUCAGCUUCUCAUCCACUCGGUACAACUUUCCGUGUUCAAAAUUUCCUCCAGGAGAUCCCAGUCAGAAGGCAGACUGCCUUGAAACAUGCAGCCCGGACGUUGCAGUCGGUCAAAGCCAUGCUGGCAACUUAUGCUUUUGCCCGUCCACGUGUCAGGUUCUCCUUCAAAGUUCUCAAAGCCAAAAGUGACCAGGCCAAUUGGACUUAUGCCCCUGGACCCAAAGAUACUCUACUGGACAUUGCAUCGAAAGUCGUUGGGAAAGAGAUCGUGUCAAGCUGUACUAUAGAAUCGGCCAAGGACGAGAGCCUUGUCGAUUCGGAGAAUGGCUGGGAACUUGAAGCAUUGCUUCUUUUGCCAGGCACGGACAGCAAAUCCCGGAAUCUCGGUAGCUACAUCUCGAUCGACGGUCGACCUGUGGCUUCAAAUAGGGCAACGAUCAAGGAGAUACUCAAAAUCUACAAAAGAUAUUAUCAAGCUACUAUUUCUACCUCAUCCAACCUCUCAUCUUCGAAGCUCUUCAUCUUCUUACGGAUAAAUUGUCCUCCGGAGAGUUAUGAUGUCAAUAUUGAACCCGCAAAGGAUGAAGUCCUAUUCUUCAAUCCUAGUCGCCUUCUCUCUUUGUGCGAGGCCUUGUUCCAAAAGGUAUAUGGCCGACUCAAAGAUCGAGAGGUUGACUCCGCACUUAGCUCUCAAGAUCAUUCGACAAAGCCAACGAAGAAUACCAUGCUUUCUAUCGCUGGACCACAGGGGCUAUCAGGACAUCCGACCAUAUUUGAGAUACCAAGCACCCCCGCAGCUGACUCUCCCAUUGACCAAGGAGUCAUGUCCGGUCCCUUCACAAUCGCAGCCAUGAAGAACAGAGUCUUGCCAUCAAGCAACGACACUGCACAGCACGAGAGAUCAUGUAAUCUUUCAAGCAAUAGAUUACCCGACGAUUUCAACAAUGAAGAUGCCCGCUUACCGACCACUCGAAGAACCAGUUUAACCGAAAUUCAACCACCUCAAGUCUCACAACUACUAUCACCCAGCCCUUCUCCAAUCAUUGAAUCACGCUAUCAGAAUCCAGGGCCCCCGAUGAGACGCAGAGCCAGAGCCACGAGUGGUGUUGAACCUCAAGAUUCUGAUUCACCACAUCAGCAGGCAACAUCUCAAUCAUCUUCACGGAGAACAGUACUACAGGCGUGGCUUACGCCACAAACACAAAAGCGCCGUCCUCCACUACCGAGCCCGACAAGGUUGCCGAUCUCCGGAAGCUCUCGUGGCCUGAGCGAUCAACACGAUAGCAUUUUGGGAUCACCAGAGCCCACAGAAAAUCAGAGGACGCUUGCAAAUGAGGUUCUUCAUGUUGGUCAAAGGCAGAAGCCCUUCGUAAUUCCAUUCAAGGCAUCAUCGGCUGGUCUUGCUCGGGAACAAAGUACAGCUAUGACGGCCAUCUCACCAGCGGAUAGUUCUCAGCUCAUCAAUGAGACCACAUCAACCGGUUCCCCAAGCGAGCAAAGUGAGCCUUCACAGAGGAGGCUAUCGCUGCCCCUGACACAGCGUACUGUUCAAGAUAAUACCGAGUUACAAGAGAUUAUGGAUUUCGAGCACAGAAAGAAAGCGGCGAUCGCAUAUCAACGGCGAACAGCGCUCGGUCAGCCACCCAAACCCAUCUCUGACGUUUUGGGGAUAUCUCGCCGGGGUGGUGAGUGGGAGAGCAUCGCGUCUGAAGAACAAGCGUCAAGCUUGCAACGCACAAAUGUAAUGACUGCAGAUCAAGAUGCUUUCAACGAACGCUUUGGUCAACCACAAACGCGGCCAUCGAAAUCUCCUCAACCCCGAAGCCGACAUACUCCAGUGAACAUGGGCAGCUCGAUGUUGACACCACGAUUCGAAAGCGUACAGCAAGAUUCCGAUCACCUCACACCAGCCAGGAGCCCAUCUCCAGUAUCAUCAUUCCUCUCGUCCAAUGAUCCCAGAGCAUACUUGAUACGCACACGACAAAGGUCCACAACCAACAAGGCUUGCCGGAUUAAGUCAACGCAGCUUCCUCUUGAAACCAUACCCGAUGAAUGGUCGACACUCCCGCUGACAUGCACUGUUGAGUUAGAGGAGGGCGUCGACUCGAUCAAAAACCUCGUGCAACUCCUAACGACGGUUGAUACGUAUGUGAGCCAAGGCGCGAAUACAUAUGUCCAGUUCCCGAAACUGGACAAAGCACAAGACUGGCAAGAGAAACUGCGUCAGAUGAUCACGACGCAAUAUCACAGUCAAGAUGGAGGAGAUAUGAGGACAAUAUCGAAAAGCCUUGCAAUUUCUCUGACGAUCAUGGAGGAGUGACCAGCCCUUUGUAUCUCAUGCAUGAGUGACUGCACUUUGAUUUACGUUUUCGUUUUGUCUGGAUGACCGAGUUUAGUCUUCCACGGAGCAUGUACGAAAGACACGACGAGAUGAGCUACACCACACUAUCUGGAGAUGUCAACGGAGAUGACCAUUUAUGAGAAUGGUUCAAGGAGUCAGUUUUGAAGGUUAAUUUGCAAUCAGUUCUCCCAAGCGAUAGAGAGUAGCAUUGUGAUACUGAUAUAUGUACA